AUGCUCCGUCAUCCACCCAGUUUGAUUCAGAACGACACACAACCAUCCUCCUAUAUCCGUCCAUCUGUAGGUAGCGCAACGGCCGAGUGUGAGACAAUCCCCGCGACUACAUCGGAUUCAGAUGUCAGGAAUAGUGAUUGCGCAUUCCCACCAUCUUGCUCCCAAAUUUUCAUUCUAUGGGAAACGUUUCGACAAAAUGUUGCCCCCGUGGUCAAUAUAUUCCACCUCCCAAGCACCAAGCAAACAUUUAUGAACGCCGCGAUGGCUCCAGAUCUCGUCCACCGCGACACGAAACCGCUCAUGUUUUCCGUCUACUACGCAGCCGUCGCCAGCAUGACCGACGAUAUAUGUAUCCAGAAUAUGGAGAAUGCCCGUUCAACGCUGUUGUUGCAUUACCAUUGCGCCACCCAGCAAGCUCUGAUCAAGGCCAAUAUCUUCCACACGCAAAAUAUACAGGUUUUGCAAGCCGCGGUUCUCUUGUGGACAUGUAUGCAGAACCAGGAUGAUCGCGGUUAUAUCUGGUCUAUGGUAUCUCUGCUAUUCCGCGUCGCACAGGCCAUGGGUAUGCAUCGUGAUGGUGGAACCAUGCUCGACCUCACACCUAUUGAAGUCGAAGUCCGAAGACGGAUCUGGUGGCAGAUUUGCUUCUUAGAUGUACGAUUGUCUAAGAUUAAUGACCGUGAACCGCUUCAGUAUCGGAUAUUAUUUGAUACUCAGAUCCCAUUGAAUAUAAACGAUGAAGACAUACCAGCGGACUCGACAACCCCAGCCGUUGAACGAGCGGAAGCAACGGAGAUGACAUUUUGUCGGAUGCGCUGCCAUCUCAUUGCCGCGGCGCAGGAGAUGAGUUUACUUGGCCGAGGUACCGGGGCAGAGGCGAGAGAAACCUCAAAACCUUUUCCUUCGCGGCAGGCAGAACGGAUUUUGCAUAACUUCCGUGGGUCACUUGAAAGGAGUCACAUAAGACAGUAUAACUCGUUUAUUCCUUUGUGA